GCGGCCAGGCCCGGCCGAGCCCUCCCUUCCUCCCGCAGCCCCGCCGAGCCCCUUCCGGCCCCGCCGAGCCCCGCCGAGCGCCGCUGCCGACAUGGCCAGCUCCCCCGUCUCCCGGGUGGUGUACAACGGAAAGCGGAGCGGCGGCCCGCGCUCCCCCGGCGCCGGCAGCGAGAUCUUCACGCCGGCCCACGAGGAGAACGUGCGCUUCAUCUACGAGGCCUGGCAGUGCGUGGAGCGCGACCUGCGCAGCCAGAUGGGCUCCGAGCGCGGCCUGGUCGAGGAAUACGUGGAGAAGAUGCCGAACCCCAGCCUGAAAGCGUUUAAACCCGUCGACCUGGGUGAUCUGAAGAGGAGGAACACACAGGAUGCAAAGAAGUCCUAAAGUGGAUCCUCCCUGCGGGUCGGCUGCUCUCCUGAGGUCCUCAAGCAGAUUUAAUUUGAGAUUUUGUGUUGAUUUCCUCCUCUGGUCUGUCCUUCUAAAAGCCCGUGGGAGAGCCAGUCAGCUCUGGGGCUGGCUCUGAAGCUGCCUGAGGUCGAGGAUGCUCAGGGCCUCACCGAGACUGCCCAGAGCCUGUUGCAAAGGAUUCCAGUCCCCCGCUCAUAGCUUUGGCCUCAAACCGCCCUUCCCCACUUCAUGCUGAGCAACCCGAUCCCCUGUUCCCCUCCUGUCGCUACCCUCUGUGCCAGGCUGGGCAGGCCGAGGCAGAUGCGCUGUUGGAUCGGACAGCACGGGGUCUCGCUUUCCCCUGUGCACCUCAGCUCCACCUCUGCUGGGGCUGGCCGAGGGCAGGUGGCACAGUCGAGUCUGUUCCUGUGCCUCCCGACACAGGGACAGCCCCUGUGCAGUGCAGCUGAGGGCUGGGAGGCCAUAGCCAGGCUCCUCCCAGUUCCUCUGUGGCAGCAAGCUGCUGCCUGGGCUGCUUGCUGCUAGAGCACGUGGGCCACAUCUGAGGCCACAUUUUCUAUCUGCUUAGAUCAGGCCUGGUCCCUGUGGUGCUGCAGGGGAAGGUGUUCCUCUCCCUGCAGAUGGAGAGGUGGAGUGUCAGCACCAGCCCCAGGCUUGUGAGAGGUGCUCAGAGGGACCUGGGCCACCUGCAGCCCCACAGGAGACGGUGGCCGUGGGGGCAGCCGUGGGGCUGCACGGAGCAAGGCUCGGGAGCUCCUUGCCCUGGCAACGCUGCAGUUUUGUACUAACAUUUUCCAGAUACGCAGCCCUUGGAAGAGACCCGGCCCCUCAGCCUGCCCUGGGUGGCCGCAGUGGUGGAGCCACAC